AGGAGUGGUCUAAUUUCUGACAAGUAUCAACGUUACACGUCCAUGCUUAAAUCUGAAAUGGUGCGGUCGGGUAAAUAAAUAGUGCAAUGCGUCGUAGUUCAUCUGAAUUGUAUUUGUUAAUCUAUAGUGUUAUGAUAUCGAUAUUUUCACCAUCAAUAUAUUCGUUGUGUUAGCUAUACAACAGCCAGUAUGUUGACCGGAUGCCUGAGAAAAGGAAGUAAAUCUACCAGGCUGAAGAUGGCACUCAUGCUCUUAGUACUGAGUUGUCAAUUCGUCCAUGUUCUCAGCGAAAAAUCUUCCUCUGCGUUGACUGUUGUGGAGAGCACUGAGACCAGCCUGGAUGAUGAGGAUGCGCACCACAUGGAGGAAGAGGGCGAUCCUGAGGAUUUGGAUGUAUUCCGUCCCACGGACCAGUGGCAGUCUCUCAAACCAGGCCAGGCAGUCCCAAGGGGUUCUCACGUAAGGCUCAACCUCCAGACAAGCCAGAGGGAGGUCAAACUUGGGGAACAUCAGAUUCUCAAAUACCAGAUCGAUGGACAAAGACAGGGGAAGGAGAACACACCAGGCCCAUCCUUCAAUGCUGAGGAGCUGAAGAAGGCUCUGAAAAAUAUAAAAGAAGGAGUGGAUCCCGAAACUAGUGACAAAGAAAAAGAAGAGAAGGAGGCGCUCAGAGCCCAGUUUCGUCCCAUGGAGGAGCUGAAAAGAGACAUGGCCAAACUGGACAUGCUGAUGGAGUCAGACUUUCAGGUUAUUAGCAGACUGAUGUCCCAAUUCAACAGCUCAAACACCACUGUGGAGGAGAAGAUAAAAGCUUUACAUGACCUAGAGUACCUUGUUCAUCAGGUGGACAAUGCCCAGAACUUGGCAUCUAGGGGAGGAUUGAAGCUUGUGGUUGAUGCUUUGAACAGCACAGACUAUCGCCUUCAGGAGAGUGCUGCUUUUGUCUUGGGGUCAGCUCUGUCAAGUAACCCGGUGGUGCAGGUGGAGGCGGUUGAAAGUGGUACUCUGCAGAAGCUGUUAAUGUUACUCGCCACACCACGACCCAUGUCUGUUAAAAAGAAGGCGUUGUUUGCUGUGGCCUCUUUGCUACGUCACUUCCCCUUUGCCCAAAGCCACUUCCUGAGGCUGGGUGGGCUGCAGGUGUUGGGGGAUCUUUUCCGAGCUUCCGAAGGUGGGGCCCUCCGUGUGAGGAUUGUAACCAUACUCUAUGACAUGAUCAAUGAGAAGGAGCUGAUUUCUCAGACUGGACUUGACCCCAUUCCAGAUGCUUCUCACAACGAGCGGUUGCGGCAGUAUGCACAGGUCUCCCUCAUGCCACUGUUGGCAGAGCAGGGCUGGUGCAGCCUGGUGCCUGAACUGUUGGCCUCCCCAGAGCACGACUGGAAGGAGAAGGCCCUGAGAACUAUCCUGGCCAUGAUGCCUCACUGCCAGACUCAGUAUCGGCAGGACUACACCCUGUCUUCCUCCCUCCACACCCUACAGGAGCAGUACCAGGAACUGGUGCUCUCAGAGCAGGUCCUCGGAGAUGAGGAUGGGUACUUUGGGGAGAUCCUGGCUCUGUUGGAGACAGUGCUGCUGAAACUGAAGUGAGCAUAGGGCUGGGUGGAGAAACCCCAUCAAAGGACAAUAAAGUCUGCAGCUCUGUAAUGUAACAUUUUUAUUUAGAGACUGUAAUAUGAUCACACAUCUGCAAAUCAGAAGGUUGCCUUUUUCAGUUGCUGCCUCAGAGGGCUUAGUCUUCCUUACAGCUUCUUUUUUUUCUGCAUCUGUGAUGCCUCAUGAUUUGCCUUGUCUCAAUAAGGCUCUCCAGUCCUCCCUGAGGAAUACAUUUAGCUGGGCUAAAUUUCAUUUUCCCUUAUGACAUGUUUCUUAAUCACAGUGUGCUCUAUCAAUCUUCUUGUUGGAUUGCCCUCUAAUGUGAGACUGGUGCGCCUGUGGGUGGCGGGUAGAGCAUUGGGUUAGUAACCGAAAGGUUGCUAGUUCGACUCCCCGAGCCGACUAAUUGUAAAAGUUGUCGAUCUGCCCUUGAGCAAGGCACUUAACCCUAAUUUGUACAGGGUUGGCUGAUCCCAGGCCGUGACCCCUCUCUGCUGGUGUCUCGGGGGGGAAGUGGGAUAUGCAGCAAAAACAUUUCAAUUUCACACCACAUACUUUUACAAGUUAUGUACUUGUACAUGUGUGACAAUUAUCAGCAUCCCCUAUUUAUCCUGCUGCUAACAGUAAUGAAAUCAGAACUGUUGAACAAAAAUAUAAACUUAACAAUUAAUUCAUAAAAGGAAAUCAGUCAAUUUAAAUUAAUUAAUUAGGCCCUAAUCUAUGGAUUUCACAUGACUGGGUAGGGGCGCAGCCUUGACAGGGCAUAGGCCCACCCAUUUGGGAGCCAGGCUAACACACUGGGGAGCCAGGCCAAGCCAAACAUAAUUAGUUUUUCAACACAAAAGGGAUUUAUUACAGACAGAAAUACUUUGUCUGUUUCAUCGGCUGUCCGAGUGGCUGGUCUCAUACGAUCCCGCAGGGGAAGAAGAAGGAUGUGGAGAUCCUGGUUACACAUGGUCUGCGGUUGUGUGGCUGGUUGGAUAUUCUGCCAAAUUCUCUAAAAUGAAGUUGGAAAUGGCUUAUUGUAGAGAAAUUAACAUUAAACU